AUGAAAAGUUUCAGUAAUUCUAAGAUGGAGAGCGGCUUAUUCUCUUUCAAUUCAACGUUCGAAUUCAAUGGAAUCCUAGGAAAUUGCAUCCAUCUUCACGAUUUCGAGAAAGAUGCUGUUGCAAUAGAAGGCAAACAUUUGUUUGGAAACCAGGAAAAUCCUGUUUUUGCUGAGCAUGGUUUGUUUCAAGAGAACGUAACAAAGAUGACACAUGAUCGACAACUGGGACGAGAAACCAAGUAUGAUUUUUCCGACGAAUUCGAUUUCAACUCUGUUUUCUCAACUAAUACCGCAUUCGAAGAAUUUCCUAGGCCAGAAAAUCCGAAGGCCACGCCGUCUUCGUUUCAGUUGUCGUCUCUGGAACUCCUUAGUAACUAUGGAAAAAGUUUCAAGAAACUGAGAUCGAUCAACUAUGGGGGCAAUGGUGAUGAAGGCAAUGAACGUGGCCGCAAGAAGCUUUCGACCGAGGAAAUUAUGAGGGUAGCUGGAACAAGAUAUGUACAGUUUUCGGACAUGAGGUACGAUGAUUUCUUCAUGGUUACGCAUCCAUUCGGUCACGCUCUUUCAGGUUUGUCAGAUGACGAGACGAAAGACGUUGAGCUCGUGCACCUUCUUCUAACGGCGGCGGAGAAAGUAGGGUACGAACAAUUCGAACGUGCUAGCAGAUUGCUUUCUCGUUGCGAGUGGAUCGCGUCCCAGCAAGCUAAUCCGGUCCAGAGAAUUGUCUACUAUUUCGCCGAAGCUCUUCGAGAGAGGAUUGAUAAAGCAACAGGAAGGUUUGUAUCGAAGGAAUCGGAACCGGGAUUUAAGAGCCGAACCGAAAACGGGCUGAGUACUAGCAUCACAACGGUCAGAAGUCACCAAUACAUACCAUUUUUCCAAGUAACGCAAUUUGCUGGAAUACAAGCCAUUAUAGAGAACGUGGAGUCUGCCAGUAAGAUUCAUGUAAUCGACCUUCAACUCAGGAGUGGCAUUCAAUGGACUGGCCUGAUGCAAGCUCUGGCUGACAAUAAAUCGCACCGUGUCGAGCUUUUUAAGAUUACGGCCGUUGGAUUAUUCGGCGAUGAGACGAUAUUGGAGUCCGGAAAGAGGUUGGAAAGUGUCGCUGCAUCGUUUAAUUUACCCUUUUCGUUCAGUGCGGUUUAUGUUCGAGACAUGGAAGACAUCAAGGAAGAGUUAUUCAAAGUCCAAAGCGACGAAUCUUUAGCCGUUUUCUGUCCAUUGGUGCUUAGAACAAUGAUUUCAAGGCCUGGGUGCUUGGAAAAUUUGAUGCGGGUGAUGAAAAAUUUGAACCCUGCCAUACUAGUCGUCAUCGAAAUCGAAGCCAACCACAAUUCUCCGUCGUUCGUGAGUCGAUUCAUCGAAACGUUGUUCUUUUACAGUGCCUUUUUCGACUGCCUCGAUAUGUGCCUGGAACAUGAAGCUGAGUUGAGAACGGAGAUCGAAUCCAUGCUUUGGUGUGGGAUCCGGAACACAGUGGCCAUGGAAGGCAAAGAGAGGAUCGUCAGAAAUGUGAAGAUGGAAGUGUGGUCGGCAUUCUUUAAGAGGUUUAGAAUGGUGGAAUUGGGGUUCAGCAACUCGUCCUUGUACCAAGCUAAUUUGGUGAUCAAACAGUUUCCUCACGGUAGUUGUUGCACGCUCGAACAUAUCGGGAAGAGCGUGAUCGUCGGAUGGAAGGGAACUCCGAUGCAAUCGAUUUCGGCCUGGAAAUUCUCGAGAGAUAGAGGGAGGGUAUUCGGAAACUAUACGUUCUGAAAUCCGAAAUUGUUGCUAUUUUUUUACAUUGUAACUUUAUUGAGUUUAAAGUUCAUAAUAACUC